GGGCCCGCUCCAGCCGCCGUCGCGGCGCUGGGGCUAGGGCUGGGGCCGGGGCCCUUCCGGGGAGCGGCGUCCGCCCGGGUAGAGAUGCAGCGGGGUGCGGUGGCCUUCGAGGACGUGGCCGUGCACUUCUCUCCCGAGGAGUGGGGGCAGCUGGCGCGGUGGCAGCGGCAGCUCUACUGGGAGGUGAUGCUGGACAACCGGGACCUGGUUGCCAGCCUGGUCUCAGAGUCCAAGUUUGUCUGCAAAAUGGAGGCUGAGGAGGAGUCGUAUGUGGGGGACCCCUGCAGCAGAGGGAACAGUGGAGCUCCUGACACCUCUGGAACCUCUGCCUGGGAUGUGGCUGCUGGGGAGGAGCUGUCUGAGGAAGACAACCAGGGAUGCUGGGUCCCGUGCACGGCGCAAGCCAGGGCGGCCAAGGUGUGGUACCCACCGCUCUGCUCCAGCUUGUGUAACGCAGAGACCUGGGACGGAGCCUCUCCCCGGGGGCUGCUAGGGGGCGAGGGGGUGCCGGUGUCUGGGGCCCUUCUCAUCUGUGGCAUCUGUGGGCAGAGCUUUGAGGACGAGGCCCGGCUGCACGCACACCAGGGCGAGCACCUGCGCCCGGCACCCUCCUACCAGUGCACGGCCUGCGGCAAAGCUUUCCGCCACCACCGCAACCUCCUGACGCACAAGAAGCACCGGGGCCGGCACCGGCACGUCUGCACCGAGUGCGGCAGCACCUUCUGCUUGAAAGGCGACCUGCUGCGGCACCGGGCGAGCCACGGCGGCGAGAGCAGCUACUGCUGCCCGCUGUGCGGGGACAGCUUCCGCCACAAGCGCGAGCUGCAGGCGCACCGCAAGGAGCACGGCGCCGGCGACGCCUGCCACAAGUGCCCCGAGUGCAAGAAGCGCUUCGAGGACGAGGCCAGCCUGAGCCAGCACCGGGCGGCACACAGCGAGGAGCAGCCAUUCCGCUGCGGGCGCUGCGGGCGCAGCUUCAGCUGGAAGGAGAGCCUCAUCAUCCACCAGCGCAGCCACGCGCAGGAGCGCUCCCACAAGUGCCCCGUCUGCGGCCGCAGCUUCAGCCGCAGCGGGAACCUGCUGGCGCACCAGCGCGUGCACACGGGCGAGCGGCCCUUCGCCUGCGCCCAGUGCGACAAGUCCUUCUGCAACAAGGCCAACCUCAUCACCCACAAGAGGCUGCACCGCCGCUACCGGACCUUCACCUGCUCCCAGUGCCGCCUGAGCUUCAGCUCCAAGAGCAAGCUGCUGCGGCACCAGCGGGACCACGCAUCCGGGCGUCCCUUCGCCUGCAGUGAGUGCGGGAAGAGCUUCCAGCACCGGGGGAACCUCGUCACCCACCUGCGGGUACACACCGGGGAGAAGCCCUUCACCUGCACCGUCUGCGGCAAGAGCUUCAGCCAGAAGGGCGACCUGAUGCGGCACCAGCGCAUCCACACCGGUGAGAAGCCAUUCUCCUGCACUGUCUGCGGAAAGAGCUUCUGCUCCAAGCAGACCUUCAUCCUGCACCAGCGCAUCCACACAGGAGAGAAGCCUUUCUCCUGCACCGACUGUGGCAAGAGCUUCAACCGCAAGGCCAACUUCCUCACCCACCAGAAGAUCCACCGCGGCGAGCGCCCCUUCAUCUGUGCCGAGUGCGGCAAGGGCUUCUGCGCCAAGAAGACCUUCAUCCUCCACCAGAAGAUCCAUGUUGGUGACCGGCCCUUCGGCUGCUCUGAGUGUGGGAAGAGCUUCAGCCGCAACGGCGACCUGACACGGCACCAGCGCAUCCACACGGGCGAGCGGCCCUUCGCCUGCACCGACUGUGGCAAGAGCUUCAGCCACAACGGCGAGCUCAUCAAGCACCAGCGCAUCCACACCGGCGAGAAGCCCUUCACCUGCACCGAGUGCGGCAAGAGCUUCAACCGCAAGGGCACCCUCAUCACCCACCAGCGCAUCCACACAGGCGAGCGCCCCUUCGCCUGCGCCGACUGCGGCAAGACCUUCAACCUGAAGACAACACUGAUGAAGCACAAGCGCAUCCACACGGGUGAGCGGCCCUUCUCCUGCCUCGAGUGUGGGAAGAGCUUCAAAUACAAGGGCAACUUGCGAACGCACCACCUCACCCACACCGUGGAGCGGGUCUACCCCUGCACCGAGUGCGGCUGCGUCUUCACCCACAAGAAGGAGCUGACGGCGCACCAGCGCGGGCACGCCGAGGAGAGGAUCCUCUCCCGGUGCCGCGAGGGAGAGCCCUUCAGCCCCUUCCUCCCCGCGCACCCGCUCCUCGUGCCCUGCACCCAGCGCCCCGUGCCGCUCUCCAAGUACAAGUAGGGGUUGGUGGCUGUGGGGACAGCGCGGCGUCCCACCCAUGGCAUGUCCCUGCCAGUGGGGUGGUGAGGAGAGGAAUGAGACCGUCACCAGAGCCUUGGGCCUGCUGCAGGGCUGGCAGCACGGUGGGGUCAGUGGUUUUCCCAGCUGCCGGAUGCCAGGGAGGAGGUGCUGGUUGGGGAUGCUGCUGGCUUUUGGUAGCACCCUGCUCCGGCUGGGAUGCAAAGCUGGUGCUCUGGCCUCACCUGAUCCCCAGGUCAUGGUGGGGUUUGUGUUACAGCCCAAGCCGGUGUCCCCUACAUAAGAGCUGCUGCUCAGAAACAUUCCAAAAGCGGAUUGUGGUGGGAGAAGUGAGGCCGGGGGUCCCCGUGCCAGGUUUUCUGUCCCUGACCCUGUGUCUGGCACUGCUCCUGGCAUCACCUCACCAUAGCCAGGAGCAGCGGGCAGAGGGACCAAGGUCCUCCCAAAGCUCUCUUUCAUUCCCCUGGGAAUUCUGGGUUCCUCUCGGCAUCUCCAGCCCCAUCUGCUCCCCUGCAGACUCCUCUGCCCUGUGGCUCGAGGCCCUGGCAUCAGUUUUCACAUCUGUAAAACAGGGCAGCACCCAGUGCUGUGGCUGCCCAUGGGGUGGUGGGGGGUUAACCCCUUCCUGGCUGUGCGAGGGUGAGUGAGGGGCUGGGGGUGGCUGCUGGACACACGUAUUUAUAGCUCCUUCUUUUUUAUUUCCCACCUAAUCUAGAAACUAAUAAAAAGUGGAAACC